UUAAAAUGAAAUAAAUACCAAUAUCCCAAACCAAAUUAAAAUAAGAAAAAAUAUUUGGACGUGAAGAACUUCACGGAUGUAGGUUGAUUCAUUUAUCAUUUUAUUCGAUAUGAUUGUUGAGUUGAAAGCAACAUAUUAUGCUAAACAUUAAUUUUGUACCAGGUUAUAAAUAUGAGAAGAGGCCACUGACUGGUCUGACUGUUUUGAAACUUUUGGUGUUCUGUAUAAUGAAUUCACACUUUCAACGUUCUAACAGUAAUAUUGUUUUGAUGUUUAAAAUAAAGCGAAACUGCGAAAGUUAUGGAUUAUGGGAUUAAUAAAUUAUUAUAAUGACAAAUAGUCAUUAUUUAUUUGUACUAAAUGUGUUUUUGUGUACACAACUGCAAUCGCUAAUCAAAUGCACAUUACUCAAAUACCAAAAAGGUACGUAUAUAACCAAUAACGAUGUUAAACAUGCAUGUAUAUCUUGAAAAAGUAAUUAACGUAUCUAAUUCUCCAUAAUAUUGUAUUUUGCAUUUUUAAUAAUAAAAUGAAUAAUUUAGUAGUAUUUAAUAUUUGUAUUAUUUCAUUAGAUCUAUGCAUUUUGGUCAGCCUAACUACAGUAUCUGAACUUGGCAUUUCAUCAUGUAGUUAUUUAGGCGAAAUGGAAGAAGAUGGUAAAAAAUGUCACGAAGAUGUAGUGAAGUUAGAAAAACUUCCAAAACAAUGUUCAUCUUUUGUUUAUGAUGGAGUUAUGUGUAAAGAAGAAUACAUAAUCGAGAUUAAAGACACAACUUUCGGAUUAGAACGCUUAGGAUCACUUGUAGAGUUUGAGGGUAGGUCACACCCUGUGUUCUUAUUUUUUUCACAUGGAGACUACGACCAGUGGUAUUCUGUACUUUAUGAAGGAGAUUUUAAACUUGUAGCUCAAAAUGUGCAAAAUUUUAUUCGUGAUUAUCCUGUGAAAGGGUUGAUUCUGCAUGGAACUGUACAACCUACUCCAGUUGACAAAUUUGAUAUAUACUUCGAGAAGUUUACUGCCUAUGUAAAGGCUAUCAAAGAGAUGAAUCCAAAUUUGGAAAUUGGGUUGCAUUGGAACGCUAAGACUUUCAUACAAAGUGCAGAAGGCUCGGAUACGGCAUAUAAUAUGGAUUUUUCAAGGAUAAAUUUAAUUAUGGAUUUCUAUUUAAUUGGAUUUUCUUAUUUUAAUGAAUGUUCCGAUGAUUUAUUACGUAGUGGGAUUACUCCUAUGGAUUCAGCAAAUCCAGACGUUAUGACAUUAAAUAGAUUUGCGACUGCUUUAGAAAAUUCAACCAUUGCAAAGGAUAAAAUGUAUUUUGAUUUCUCAAUAAAUCCUAUACCGAAAAAUGAUGUGAAGCAUAAAUUCAAUCCUUGUGAAAUAUCAUAUAACGAGUAUUGUGAAAAUGAGGAUGACAAAAGAAGCAUAUGGUGUGCUGAUAACACGGGUACAUUGAAUGAAAAAGGCACAUUUACAAAAAAACAUGCAAGGGGAUUUGUAGGCGGUUAUAUAGAUUUAGUGGAUCGUGAUGAUAAAUGUAAAUGUGGAAAGUACUCAACGUUUGAAAUGAUGUUAAACGGAUUUAACGGUGGUAGUCCAAUGAAAUGCGAAGCAUUAGAAGGCGUCUGAAUACUUGAGUUAAUUGUUAUUGUCUUAUUCUGUAGUUAGUAGUUACUAGUUAGGUAUAAUUAAUUAACUUUAUUGCCUUCUACUAAUUACUUGACCCUCAUAGAAUGAUUUUCUUAUUUGGUUGUAAUCAAAAAACUAUUAUAACUAAAGGAAUACUUGAACAUUUUCUAUUUUUUAUUUAGAAGUAUGCAAUAUGUGCUCUAGGGAAAGAUAAGAUAUAAAAAUAUAUCAUAGUAAAAGAAAACACAAAUAAAAAUAAAAAUUUGAUUG